AUGGCGAGUAAUCCUCAAUCUGCAUCUCCUCUCGGUAAACUCGGUAUCGAGGCUGCCCUCGAGGCUGCUGCAGACCCAUCCAUCACACCAAAGCCCAAGAUCUUCGAUGAGUUCGCGCUAACCGACCGCGUUGGGCUUAUCUCCGGCGGAAAUAGGGGCCUUGGCCUGGAGAUGGCUCUUGCAUGUUGCGAAGCUGGUGCACGUGUCGUAUACUGCUUCGAUCUUCCAGAAAAGCCAUCAGAUGAAUGGAUCGCAAGCAGAGAUUAUGUCGCGAAGCUAGGGAAUAACUCGCGGCUGGAGUAUUUCAGCGCGAACGUCACUGAUCAGCAGGCGCUUUGGAAAAAGACGGAGGAGAUUGGUGAUAAAGAGGGAAGAAUGGACUUUUGCGUCGCUGCGGCUGGUAUUCUCAAGUCACACAUAGACUGUCUGGAAUACCCGGCGCAGGAGUACAGGGAGGUCCUGGAUGUUAACGCCAGUGGUGUCCUCUUCACUGCGCAGGCUGCUGGCAGACAGAUGUCGCGCUUCGGACGCGGUGGCAGUAUCAUUCUUAUCGCAUCAAUGUCAGGCAGUAUCACUAACAGAGGCCACGCCUGGGUAUCGUACAACAGCUCCAAAUCAGCUGUCCUGCAGAUGGCUCGUAGCAUGGCUUGCGAGCUUGGCGAAAAGAAGAUUCGCGUCAACUCGUUGUCUCCAGGACAUAUCUACACCAGUAUGACUGCAGCAUAUCUGGACAAACAACCGCACCUUUUCGAUGUGUGGUCUAGUAUGAACCCUCUGGGUCGACUCGGACGCCCUGACGAGUUGCGCGGUGUAGUGACGUGGCUUGCAUCUGAUGCAUCGACAUUUUGUACGGGUAGCGAUAUUAUCGUCAGCGGUGGUCAUCACUCCUGGUAA